UCAACUCUCACCUUCCUUCUUCUUCUUCUUCUCACUUUUAAGAUCCCACCAAACCAUCUCUCUCUCUGUGAAACCACUUGUAGAUCCUCAUCAGAGACCCAUCAACAUUGACCAUCCAAGUUCCAACCAUGCUUUCAAACCCACGAACCACCACUCACCCAUUUCCCGACACCAUUUCCAGCCUCCACACCCACCCAGUGGGCCACCACCAGUGCUGCUCCGCCGUCAUCCAAAUCAUCAACGCCCCCGUCUCCACCGUCUGGGCCGUCGUCCGCCGCUUCGACAACCCUCAAGCCUACAAAAACUUCGUCAAAAGCUGCCACGUCCUCAACGGCUCCGGCGACGUCGGCACUUUACGUCAAGUCCACGUCAUCUCCGGCCUCCCCGCCGCCACCUCCACCGAACGCCUCGACAUCCUUGACGACGAACGUCACGUUCUCAGCUUCAGCGUCAUCGGUGGCGACCACCGUUUAUCGAACUACCGCUCCGUCACCACCCUCCACCCCACUCCGACCGGAACCGGUACGGUUGUUGUUGAGUCUUACGUUGUUGAUAUUCCUACGGGGAAUACAAAAGAAGAAACUGUUGGGUUUGUUGAUACGAUCGUUAAAUGUAACCUUCAGUCCUUGGCUAAAAUUGCUGAUGACAAGUUGAGUUGAUCGUCAGUCAAUAUAGAAGAAUUGUUAUAAUUCUUCUUCUUCCAUGUUAACUGAGGAUCAAUUCAACUUAUAUACCUGUUCUAGCUACUUUCAUCUUCUAAAAUUUAUUUGAAUUUGAUUAUGUCUUUUAAAUUUUUCAAGAUGAUUGGAAAGUUGAUCGAUUGGUUUAAGAAUUAUGGAAUGAUGAUAUAUGACAUUACCGUCUUGUUCU